AUGUCGGCGGAUCCUGUGUCCUGUAUUGCGGCUCGACAAGCCCCGGAUCCUGGCCCUCGAUCGCCCACUACCAUCCGUCCCGAGGUGACGCAGUACACGUUCUCCCCGGCCGACCGCUUCAAACAUGGGCCGGUCAUGCUGGGCGAGAACCUUGGGCGCGCCAUCAUCGCGUGGACAUCGCUUGCAGAACUGAUGUGGGGUUUGGUCAGGAACCGGCGGUUAGCAAGUCGGCGGAUCCUGUAUUUGGACUUCGCUUGCAAAACCAAUGUAGCUCGGUUCCUGGGGGUAACCGGUGGAGUCAAGGACGGCGGCCCGGUUCCCUCAUUUGCUUCUUGUCUUCUUCAAUCAUUCUGGGUUCAUCCUCCAUCAAUGUCAGCCGCUACAGAAACUCCGCUAGGUGGCUCCGAGACUCCAACAGCGUCGUCAGCCAAUGACUCUCAACUCACUGAGGGUGUGAAGCAGUGUCUUGACAAUUGGCGUCAGGAGUGGGAAGGCCUUGCUACAGGAACGUCGCUGGUGAUUCGAAAAAAGAACCUCGACAUGUUAACCUUUGCAAUUGCGACUGCCCUUGUCACAACCCAUCCAGAACUUGACGGCGGUCCCACUGGCUUUGAGGAGGCUGAGAAGUUAACCUGGGCAUACUUUGACCCGGAUGGCAAGGCUUGUGAGGGAACCCCGCUAGAGCACAAAGAGAUGGCAAAGCUCAAAGGUAGUAUAUGGGAGCAGUACACUGGCUACAACGCAUUCCGCAACGCCCACAAGGAGGACAUCGUCCGUUACCUCCCUCAGGCAUGGGAGCGGUACAAAACCACCAAGGCGGCCAAAGGUGACACUCUUACUGAAGGCGACCUCAGGCCAUGCCCAACGGAAGCUAGCGAUUCGCGGUGGGUUGGUCAUCACAGCCGAGCUCGUGCCUACAUGUGGUUGGAUCUGACCGAGGCGGAGCGGCAACAAUGGAAUAAGCAGGCGGAAGAUUGGAAUCUAUAUGGGGCUCCCAAAAACAUCCAAGACGCAGAGAGGAACCGGAUUGCGAAAUUGUUCAUGAAUCGCACAUAUCUGUACGCCUUGCGGAACUUGGGGAUGGAGCUGGUAAUGUUUGGGCUCUUCGAGUCCAAUGGAAAGACCAGAGUUUUACACUUUGAAGGAGAUCCCGACAUGUUUCACCGCCGCUACCCAGAGUAUUGCACAACGAAGUACCACACCGCGGAGGCAGGCGACCGUACCUUCAUGAAAACACUUUGUGUCCACGCGGAUCAGAGAUUUCUGCGGACUGGGCAACUUGAGCCGCCGAAACGCGCGGAAGCGUUGCCCAAAAAGAAGAAGCUACUCGCCACCCGGGAUGACGGUUAUCCGCGCAUACCUGCUAACCAUGCUGACUUGAACAACCAAGACACUAUCACCUUGGUCCGUAACUUUGUCAACAUGGUUUACACGCUGGACACUGGCAUCAAGAAAUCCGUCUCCUGGAAACAUACGAUGAGCGACCCGACUAAGUUUAUUGUUCAUAAAGACCUUCCAGUUGCCCUGGAGGACCCAAGUGAUAUGAAAACUGGCGAUAUCAAGGCUAUCAUCAAAGACUGGUACGAAAUCCAGGAGUGCGAUGCCAUCGUCGCGGAUCCGCUGCACUUCCCUUCUUCAGUCUCCCUGGGAGCAAGUACUGACGUCAUCGACCUCCCGCCUCUGGUCCCUGCAUCCGAUACUGCACAGCCCAGGACAAGACGACGCUAUAACAGGAAGACAGGAGCCUUGCGUACAACAGCAACCCCUUCAUCCAGUUCAACAUCGCCUUCUGUAGGCACCCUGUCCCCUGCAACCACUCCAGCAACACCUGUGCUUGGGGAUGUGGAGUUGUCCACCGCGUCAUCCGCCGUACCCACCAUCACGUCGACCACCACAUCAUCCACCGUACCCACCACCACGCCAUCCGCCGUACCCACCACCACGCCAUCCGCCGUACCCACCAUCAUGUCGACCACCACUUCAUCCGCCGUGCCCACCACCACGCCAUCCGCCGUGCCCACCGCCGUGCCAUCCGCCGUGCCCACCAUGACGUCGACCACCACGUCAUCCGCCGCGCCCAUCGCCGCAUCAUCCGCUGUGCCCACCGCUGUGCCAUCCGCCGUGCCCACCACCACGCCAUCCGCC